UUGAUCUGACUUCCGGUGUAAACAAACAGUUCUUUAAAAAAUAUGUAGUCUGUGUUUACAUAUAUUGUAUGGUGUACAAGGAUGAGUUCUGCAGAUAAGAGAUAUGCUACCAGCAUCGACCUUCCAACAGAGGAUGUGUUCAGAAAUUUACAGAAUGCCUGUCACUUUGCUGUUGAUAUUGGUGGAUCCCUGGUAAAGGUUGCAUACUGCUCAAAGCUACACAGGAAGACGUCACACAUCCGUGAUCAUAAGGAAGACAAUAAUAGUAUUUAUCAAAUUUUGGAAGAAGAUGGCUACACAAGAAGAUUACAUUUUAUCAAAUUUGAGACCAAAUAUUUACAUCAAUGUUUGGAUUUUAUUCGAGGACAUCUUAUGCAGUCAAAAGAAUUUAUGUUGGAGAAGAAAAACAUUAAAGCUACAGGGGGAGGGGCACAUAAGUACAAAGACCAAAUUAUAAAGACACUUGGUGUUCAGUUGGACAAGGAAGAUGAAAUGGAAUGCUUGAUUAAUGGAAGUAACUUUCUGUUGAAGAAUAUUCCAGAUGAGGCCUUCAUAUACCAAAGACAUGGCCAGUCAGAGUACCAAUUUCAAGGAAUACAUCAUGAUAUUUUCCCCUACCUUCUUGUCAACAUAGGAUCUGGUGUCAGUUUUGUAAAGGUAGAAUCAGAAACAAAAUAUGAAAGAAUUGGAGGGACAUCUACUGGAGGGGGGACAUUCUGGGGACUUGGAUCUCUUCUUACAAAAGCUAAGACAUUUGAUGAUUUGUUAGAAUUGGCUGAGAAAGGAGACCACAAGAAGGUUGAUAUGUUAGUUAGAGAUAUCUAUGGAGGAGAAUAUUCUACCAUAGGGUUGACAGGGGAUAUAAUAGCCAGUAGCUUUGGCAAAGCUGCUAGAACUGAUAAAGAAAAUGUGCCUUGUUAUAAAGAUGAAGAUGUAGCCAGAAGUUUAUUGUUGUCCAUUAGUAAUGAUAUAGGACAGUUAGCUUCCCUGUACUGUAGACUUCAUCAGUUAAAGAAGAUUUACUUUGGUGGUUACUUCAUCAGGGGACAUCCCCUUACUAUGCAUACCAUUAGUUUUGCUAUUAACUUUUGGUCAAAGGGUGAGAUUCAAGCAUUGUUUAUGAGACAUGAAGGAUACCUUGGUGCUAUAGGAGCGUUUCUGAAGGGAGCAGAAGAAGAAGAUACAGAAAGAUAUACAUGGGGAGAGAACUUUGCAGGAUGUUCUGGUUUAUCUAGUUCGAAUCCAUUGUUAGACAGUAGAGAAAGAAGUUCAACGUUUGAUAUGUUAGAACUUGACAAAUUAGAAAAGAUGUUACAACCCUGCUCACUAUUACUGGAUCCCAACAGUUACCUCCCAGACACAGUUGAUCUGACAACAGAUACAGCAGCCAGGGAAUACUGGAUAGAUUGUUUCUCUAACAGUGUUGAUAAGACCAGAGAUCAAGCAUUGGCAAGUCAAACUGGCCCUGAUGUCAAAGAGAGAGCAGAAACCUUUAAACAGAAAUACUUACAAAGAUUACAAGAGCUUAAUGAUAAUCCUUGUGCCUAUGGAUCCCUUACUGUGAGAAGUUUACUGGACACCAGCAGUCAUUGUUUAUCAGAUUGUCUAUUUACUGAUCCAUAUUCUCAGUUAAAACAUACAGAGAAUGAACAAGCAUUGAAGUGCCUUCCUCAGUUACUACUUAAGUUAGAUGGAUUAUCAUUGGAGGAGCUUCAGUUGUCUCUCGCUAAAGGUCUGCUGGCAGGCAAUGUGUUUGACUGGGGAGCUAGGGAGGUUGUAGAUAUGAUGGAAAAUCAAGAUUUUGGCUUUGUAGAGGCUCAGGACAAAUUACAAGAGCGACCAUGGUUGUGUGAUAAUUAUGAAGAAUGGAAUCAAAGACUACAAGAUAAACCACAUAAAUGUGCUGUGAUAUUUGUAGACAAUAGUGGGGCUGAUAUUAUAUUAGGAGUAUUUCCAUUUGUGAGGGGGCUGCUCAGGAGAGGGACAAAGGUUAUAUUAUGUGCCAAUUCUCGACCUGCAUUGAAUGAUGUGAUAUAUAGCGAACUUCUAAUACUUGUAAAGAGAGUAGCAGAAAUUUCUCCAGACAUACAGUCAGCUUAUGAUAAUGGUACUCUAAUGGUAAUGGACUCUGGGCAAGGAUCACCCUGUCUUGAUUUAAGAUUGAUUAAUUUUGAACUUGUGGAAUUAAUGAAGAAACAAGAGGCUGACCUCAUUGUGAUAGAAGGAAUGGGUAGAGCCAUUCAUACAAACUUUGAUGCUGCAUUCAGUUGUGAAUCUUUGAAAGUUGCUGUGAUAAAAAAUCGUUGGUUGGCAAAUAGACUUGGAGGAGAUAUGUUUAGUGUUGUUUUUAAAUAUCAGAAACCACAAAAAAUAAUUGCUGCUAAAUCAUAGCAAAUCUCAUUAAGUAAUACAAAUGAGAGAUGUGCAUUCUUUUAAUUUUGUUUAUCCAAAUUUUCUGGGUCAUCUCAAUUCAAUCUCUUUUCUCACUUUAGCCGUCAAGGCUAAAGUGAGAAAAUCAAUCUGGUUGACCAAUGAUAAUCUAUAAGUACAAAAUUUUCACUGAUACAUUUCUAAUGUGCUGUGAACAUAAACUGGUUUUAUUUCAUGCAUCAAUGGUCAACUGCCCAAAGAAAUUAUUGUCAUGCAUACCUUAGCUGAACAUGUGAAUUGGUUCAAACUGUAACCAUUAGAAUUUAGCUUUUGUGGUUAUUGUGUUGCCCUUUUAAAUUUGUUAAUCAUUGGCACAGAAAUGGAAUACCAAAGAUAGAAAUGAUCUCCCGCUACCUCUGAACUUUAUGUUGAACAUAAUGAACCGUCUGAUGUCUUUCAGUGAAUUUUAGUUACUAAAUUGCUCAUUAAUUUUCUGACUAUGUUAAUUUUGGACAAAUCAAUCUGUGAUUUCUUCUUUUGGUCCACCAAUGGUGGUUUACAUGUGAUUUCUCUGGUUUCUAAGAUGGUACAGAAUUCUGAAUUAAAGACCACAUUUUAUAUCUAAUAACAUAACUGAACAGGCACUUUGUUAUACAAUUCAAUACAGAACUCAAUACACAAUUCUUGGCCUCAAUACUAUGUAAAAUUAUGGAUACACAGAAUUGCUAUAAUUAUUUAUUUAUCUAUAGAUAUAUGAUAAAACAACACCUACUAAUCUGUGAAUUAUAUGUGAAAGAUGAAUGAUUAAACAUGUAUGAUAUCAUUUUUUUUAAGAAAGCACUGAAAAUUAAACUGUAUAAUAAUUGCAAGCAGUCUAUUUUAUUUGUAUAAUCAGUAACAUAAUCAUCUGAUAUUAGUCAAUUAUUUAGCUUAAUUUAAGGUACAAUUAUCAGUGAUUUGCUUGUAUUAAUAAACAAAAAUGCAUUACUCUAGGCUGAGCAUUUUCUGUCAUACAAUUUGUUUGUUUCCUGUUGUUACAUUUCUAUUUAAUAGUAUGAGGUAUUUGUAAAUGUUUAUUUGAAUUUACACUCCUAUAAAUGGUAAUAAAAAAUAUAUUUUUGUUGUUAGAAAGUAGAUUUUCAAUAUAAAUAAGGAGAUGUCCUAUGCUUGUCAAUAAGACCCACAAGUUCAAAUGAAGUAUAUGAGAUAAGAUAAGAUAAAUUUAUUUUAUUAAAGUGUCACAUAUUGAUCUUACACAAUAGUAAAAUAUUUACACAAGUACAAUCACAUAAAAAAAGAUCAACACCCAAUGACCCAGUCUAAAAAGACUUAUGAGACACUGUUAUAUACAUAUAAAACAGCUCAAUCACACAAUGUAAAAAAAAGAAAUA